AAAAAAAAACUAAAUUUCACUAUUUGUGUUGCUUUUUGUUCUCUACCAAAAACAAAUAGAUUCCAUGGUAUCAAAUCCCAGUUUUUCCACUUGCUAAUGUAAAGAACUUUAAGCAAGUCGUAUAUGUGUCUCUCUCCUUUUCCACCUCAAUUUUCUUACUAGUUACAAUUGGAUUUGUAACUAUUUAAUAGGGUUGUUUUUAGGACUAGGUGAGAUAAUACACAGAAGCACUAAGAACAAUGCCCAGCACUUUGUAAACAUUCAUUAAAGUAUAGCUUUUAGAAUGAUACAAUGAUUGUAAUCAUGUUUAGCUUUCUGAUACUCUGCUAACAAUUUGUUUUUAUUUUAUUUAACCACUGGGAGAAUUUACUGCCACCUGUUUUUCUUAGGCUUCAGUAUUUUUUUUUUUUUUUUAGCGUUUAUUAGAGAGAGAUUAUGGGCGCGAUCUGGGGAGGGUCAGAGAGAGAGGGAAAGAGAGAAUUCCAAGCAGGUUCCAUGCUGUCAGCACAGAGUCCAACGCAGGGCUCAAUCUCACUAAUAACUAUGAGAUCAUGACCUGAACCGGUAUCAAGAGUUGGACACUUAAUUGACUGAGCCACCCAGGUGCCCCAAGGCUCCAGUAUUAAGGAUCAGCCAGUGAUGCAUAAUUUUGUUUUCCACUAUUUAAAUUGGUAAUGUGGUCAUGGGAACAGAAAGUUGCCGUAGUCUCACCAGUUUCCAUAUUUGUCCGUAUUUAUGCAGGCCUGAGCAGAAGUAGAAGAGUUAGGAGUAUAAGGAGGUAGAAGGGAUAAGGAAUGAAAACCUCUUUCUAAUAUUCUUGGGUGGGUCCAAAACAUGUUUUCACUUAACAAGUAAAUAGUGCAGGGGAAAGAAAAUACAUAAGGCAUUGUAAUACAAAGACUUUGUAAUCCAGUGAGAUUGGAAGAUGGGUGCUUAAGUACAUCUACCGAUGAUAUUCAAGUCUCAGCAUCACCCAGUAGGCCAGAAGAGGGGCAUCACCUAUGGGAAAAAAAUGACCACUAGAUGGCAAUGUCACUCCACAGUCACCAGCCAGAAUGUCCUAAAAUUACUUGCAUCAGUGGUAAUGAUCUACUAGAGGAAAUAACAGCAGAUUUAUUUCCAAGAAUGAUAAAGACAGCAGAUUCCCUUUCACCUUUGUAAAAUUCAUUCUUCUAUUUGCAAGACCUAUCAUUAAUAAAUACCUUUAAUUACAUAGACACAAGAAAAUGUCCAAUUCCCUUGAAAAUUAACGCUAACUUGGAAAGUGUUUACCUAGCUUCAAAUUUUAGGUGUGUCUUCACAGCAUUUACUAAAUAGAUCUACUUUAAAGCAUUUCAGUAAAAUAAUGUUGAAGACAUCUUAAUAGAACCAUAGAAUAUUUAUCUUGCAGUACAUAUUAUAUUUAGAGUAUCAAAGGUAAACUGGGAAUGAAACUAUAUGACAUCUUCCUACUCAAUUUUUAUUCAGUUGAUGCAGUCCACUUUUGGGUACCUACUACAUAAACACUAUUACUCUAGGAACUUUGAAAUCUAAGUAAGCAGUUCUUAUCCUGAAUAGCCUCAGGUUUCUUGUGGUUGGCAGAACAGAUACAUCAAAUGCAUAAAUCUAAGCAAAUUAUUCAGUGUCUAAUCAGUGUCUAAUAUUUUUUUAAUAUUUAUUUUUGAGAGAGAGCGUGAGCCAGGGAGGGGCAGAGAGAGAGAGAUCUGAAGUGGACUCUGCUGACAGCAGAGAGCCCCCCCCAUAUGGGGCUCUAACUCCCGAACCAUGAGAUCAUGACCUAAGCUGAAGUCAGAUGAUUAACUGACUGAGCCACCCAGGUACCCCUACUCACAAUUUUUAAAAGAUGUUUUUGAGUAGUCCUCAAUUAGAAAUUAGAAUUUGGUCUAUCAAACAAGAUGUAACCCUCACAUUUAAAACGUCCAUAGUGAACAAUGAGCAAAAACAAUUUAAGUGUACUACUAAUGUAGUCAAGACAUGUACUGUGGUUAAUAAAACACUUUGAGUCUGCGAGUUCCAAAUUUAGAUCCUGGUUCAACCACUUCCCAGACCUCAAGUGCCUUCUGUAACCUCUCUAACCUCACUUUUUUGAUUUGUGAGAUGAGGACAUUUAAUAGUGCCUGUCUUAGAAUUAUUAUAAAAAUUAAAUAACACCUGUAAGGAGCUUAGCACAGUACCUGAUACAUGUUAUAUAUUAGGAAGUAUUUCCCAAAUGAUUUCAGAUUACCAAAAGGAAGAUUCUGGAGGAAUCUUUUCUAUUUCCAAGGUCACUGAUAUUUCACCUGUGAUCUUUUUGGUGCUGUUUUCAUCUCAACGUACAAAUGCUUUGCUUGUAACCUUGCAUCCUCUACUUGUUGCUCCCACUAAAUAAGUUUUUCCUAUGAGAUAAUGCAGUUUAUACUUGUGCUAAAUAACUUUGUGAUAUGGGUAGCCGUGGGUCUGUUCUUUGGUGCCUAGCUGGCUGUCUUUGAGCUUUCUCCAGAACCUUAAAGAUCUUUUAAGGCUACUAACUAGAAGAUAAUCAUUCUUUUAGUCAAGUACUCAGUAAAUGUUAUGACAAAACAUAGUUGUCUAGUUAAAGAACUUAACAGGUAAACCCGCAGCCCAGAGGUUUAUCAGCCACUUCCACAAGGUGGAGGUAUGAGUUCAUUAGGUUCUCAGGGAGAACACUUCCCUGAGGUGUAAGUUUAUUUCAAGUCGCAUUCAAUAUUCUGGGUGGCUAAGGCUCACCAUCUCCAUUAUUCUUCAUCUCUCUUCAGAACAUCUCCCUAGAGAGCAUCAGGCCAUAUCUUAGUUUGACCUUGAUUUGCUAUAUGAAGUUCUGGAACCAUCUUAUGCAACUGUAGCAGGCUGGGAAUGAGGCCCAAGAAAACCGAUAUCAGUAGACUGAAGCUCUGCCUGGAACAUUUCUGGUUGUUCAUGAGGAGGAUACAUGCUAAGUGCAGUACUCUAAUAGUGACUGCAAAGGAAGUGAAAUGGAAAUUAUAGUUUACAAUGUGAAAUGGAUGGGCGCGAGGCUUUUAUCUUAAUGUACUUGAUCCUCUAGAGAUGAGUAGCUAUAAGUUGGCUCAGGCUCAGUUACUGCAGUGGAGUCUGCAUGCCUACAUGCCUGGAAUCUCACCAUCUUCACUACAGCCUCACCUACAGGCCCAUUCUCCUGUUUCACCUACCCCAGGCUCCUCCAGGACAGAACAGAUCAUGAAGUGAGGGGGCACAGAGGAUAGUGGAGACGUUUUUGCUGCAUUGUGCAUGAAACGGUACAAAAUAUACCACCUUGAUUUCUCAUCUUCUCAAAGAGUUCUGUACUCCCUGGGAGCUUAGAUAUGAAGUUUACUAUGGGAUUAGAAGUGAUCUGUUUGAAGACCAGUCCAGCUUUUAGGAAAUAAGUAUGAGGACUGUGAGCCCAGAGAAGACAUGACUUCUUCAAAGUUAUACAGGGGACAGCACAUUUGAAGAUGGAGGACCAAAAAAAUACCCAAGUCAGAAAGCUGCACACCAUUCAGGCAGAAUCUGGUUGGAGAGGAAAGCUGGUCUCAUGAUUAGAGAGCUUCCCCAGCUAGCCUGUAGUCCAGGACUGCAAGAAUUCAGGCAUGAGGACACUGUGCAGCAGGCUCACACAGGCAGACCCAAGAUGGACAGAACCUUGGAAUCCCUGAGACACAUCAUUGCCCAAGUCUUGCCUCACAGAGACCCGGCUCUAGUCUUCAAAGACUUGAAUGUUGUGUCAAUGUUACAGGAAUUUUGGGAAAGCAAGCAGCAGCAGAGGGCUGCAUUCCCAAGUGAAGGCGUGGUGGUCUAUGAGUCACUGCCAUCUCCAGGACCGCCCUUUGUGAGUUAUGUGACCCUCCCAGGGGGAAGCUGUUUUGGCAACUUUCAGUGCUGCCUAAGUAGAGCUGAGGCCAGACGGGAUGCAGCUAAAGUGGCCCUAAUCAACUCCCUCUUCAAUGAGCUGCCCUCUCGAAGGAUCACUAAGGAAUUCAUUAUGGAGAGUGUGCAGGAAGCAGUUGCCUCCACCAGUGGCACUUUGGAUGAUGCAGACGACCCCAGCACCAGCAUUGGAGCCUACCACUACAUGUUAGAGUCAAACAUGGGGAAGACCAUGCUGGAAUUUCAGGAGCUGAUGACCAUUUUCCAACUACUGCACUGGAAUGGAAGCCUAAAAGCCCUUCGUGAAACAAAGUGUUCCCGACAGGAAGUCAUCUCCUACUAUUCCCAGUAUUCCCUAGAUGAAAAGAUGCGCAGCCACAUGGCCCUGGACUGGAUCAUGAAAGAGAAGGAAUCUCCAGGAAUUCUCUCUCAAGAGCUACGGAUGGCCCUGAGGGAGUUGGAGGAAGCCAGGAAAGCAGGACAAGAACUGCGGUUUUACAAAGAAAAGAAAGAAAUCCUGAGUUUAGCCCUGACUCAGAUCUACAGCGAUCCUGACACCUCCUCACCCAGUGAUGAUCAGCUGAGCCUAACGGCUCUUUGUGGCUACCACUAGCAAGGCCAGGUUCCAGCUGGCCUGAGGUUGGCAGAGGCUGGACUCUAACAUUAGAAAGCUCAGUGAAGGAAGUUGUUGGAGGCUUUACCACCUACAGCUACCACCUGAAGGCUGUACUAAUUCUUCCCACCCAUUCCAUUCAUAGACUCUCAGAGUAAUAGGAUCCUUACAGGUCCCAACAGUUUUCCCAUCACACUUUCAAGAGUUCCUCCUCUUACUGAAAGGAUGGAGACAGAAUUGUUUGAAAAACAUUUCCCAGGUUUGGCUCUAACCUAAAGCCCUGUUGACAUGUGCCUUCCUAGAUUAUGUAUGUUGUUUUAAACAAUGGGCCAGUGUAGCAUCCCCGAAAAGAACACCAGCUGGGACUGGGGAAAGUAGCAUGAGAGCAAUUUUUAAAAAUAGUUGGGAUUAAAUAAACAACAUAGAAAAUACACACGGGUCAGAAUUUCUUCCUAAGCUUUAUAAACUAAGAGACACUUCUACUCUACUAGGUAAAAUCCAAAAUUCCAGUGGCAAUUUUAUCUGGACAUCCCACUAUCAAAGAUCUAAAGUGGUAAUAGUGAAAAUACGUGAUAAAUUUAACUUGGCUUAAAAUGCCAGUUAUAAUAAUUUUUUAAAAAUCCACACUCUUCGGUAUGGGGAUAAAUUUCACCUAGAAUAGUACUCCUAUUCCUCAAGAAGAAUUAGUAUCUAAUUUUAAUGAGUCCUGCAAACAGUGAUGUUCAUUUUUAACUUGCAAAUAGAUAACUCAGAUUGAUUUGUUUUUAUUUUUGCCACCACAGUCAUCUAUGUAUCAUGGAGACAGUCACUGGAUUUUGAAAAAUCAUUAGCUUUUAACAGUGCUUGCAUUUGAUUAGUUUCUCGUGCAUUAGAGAGAAGGAGUAUUUAACUGUCUUUAUUGUUGUUCAAGAACAUAAGCCAGGAGUAGUUCAAAUGUAGUGUCAUUUCCAAGUUUUAAUUAGACAUUGUCAUCUCUCUUUGAAAAUGGCUUGGGUCAAUUAACUGAUUAGAAAACCGAAAGCAAAUACAGACCAAUUUUUAGAUGGUUUCUGGUCACUCAAAUUUAAGAAUGGCAACAGUGUGAAUUUUAGACAUUUGUAGGAAUUUCCAACUUUAUAACACAAAAAGGAUUAUCUUGCAUUUAGUCCAAUAAUUCAAAAUAAAGGAUACAGUUUUUUCAAUGUUAAAUAAGAUUUCUUCUUCUUCAUGUUUAAGUGAAUGCAAACUAACGUUCCUGAAGGCUAAAACCAUUAUAUUUACAUUAAAGUUUACAAAAGCACGAUAGCUUAACUUCAUAUAUAAAUAUGUGCAGAUGUAAUUAUCACUCCUUAAGUCCCCAUGAAAACUAUAUAUAUGGAUCAUGUAUUUUGGAAUUAGCCUUUAAAAUAAAAAAAAUAAUUUCAGAUAUCAUAUUUCUCACACCAGGGGAAAAUUUAGCUUCUUACCUACUGCCUUACUCUGUCGUGAAAGGUAAUACUAUAAAUAUUAGAUAAAUUUAAUUUAAAAAUAUUGUGUUAACAAAUGUCACAUUUCUCCCCAAAAUGAGGCUAAAUGUCACCUAGAAUAAAACUAAAACUAUAUUCCCUUAUAAUCCUAAAAAGGAAUUUGAAUUAAUAUUUGCAAGUUGAAUGAAUUUUAACAUUAAGGAAACUUUCUGUUAAAAGCAAUUUUUUGAUAAAGUCAUUACUCUAUCAUUUCAUAAAACCGUAAUUUCCCAUGUUAGGUGUGAUUAUAGGUAGGUCCAUCUUUGCUGCAUUUGCAGCUUUUGACCAUGACCACCUAAAGCUGACACCAUCUAAUUAGAUCCAGGAAGGGGAAUCAGCAAGGAAAAUGUUAAAAUUUAUUCUUUGCUCUAUAAUUAGAAAACUGUACCUAUUACGUGAACUAAAAGCAUUGCCCUUGGCCAAUGGCAGUUUUCCCAGCUGGUCAGAACUGCCCACUCUUCCUGGAAUGGUAUGGAACCUAUAGCAAAAGAAACAAAAUUCAGAAUCUCUGCCAUUGCUGGAGCCUUUUAAUGCUCAUUUAUAGCAAAUCAAUUUUAGCUAAGACAUAAGGGCUGCCAGUACAUCACUUAAACAUUUAUAAUUCCAGACCUAAGAAGAGCCAUGUUGAAAAGCAAAGUAGAUUCUUCUUCUUCUUCUUCUGUAUCUUGUUCUCAGUGAUACACUGUGUUGAAGGGGAUUAAAGUGGAAGAUUCUCUAUUUUAAAUAUAUGGAGUUCUGGGUCCUAAACUUUUGUGGUUAUAAUGCCUUUGAGAAUCUGAUGAAAGCUAUGGACCUUCUCCUAGGAAAAUAGAGUGAAGCAUAUACCUUCAAAUUUAUGCAGUUUCAGAGAGUUUGUGAACCUCCCCAACGUCCAUGGAUUGCUCUAAGGACCUCCAAUUUAGAAUCUUGAGUACAGACUUAUAGUCUCAAACUUUUCAGCAUGGAUCCAAACUAGCUCAGACCAGCCCUGUGUAGCCUAUUUCUAAGAUAAAUGUUAUCAUCCUUAAAUACAGAAUUGUACUGCAUUUUGACAAGAAUGGUUUAAUCUUCACAAAGUCCAAAUAUACCAAAUUGCUAUGAAAAAACAGCUUAAAACAAAUUAGUCACUAAGUGUGUGAACCUAUUAGAAUAUUGUCAAUCUAAUAAAGACAUUAUUCUUCUAA